AAGCGGUUGUUGGAAGGGGUGCUUGUAUAAGGGGUGGGGAAGAACUGAACGCAUCCCUGCCAGAGCGGCUACCUGCCCACCGAGCGAGCCUGUCUGCUACACGACGCUACUCUCCCCAGUAUUCGGCCGAUCGCUAGUACUCGCGCACGCAAAUCCCUUCGUCGUGACGCGUGACGGUCUUUACUUUCAUUUUCGUAUAGAGAUAACUUUAUCCAGUUGUAACCAACAACGUAUUACAGCGUGUAAAUAUAUUACGUGUGUCUUUAGGAUCAUUGCAGACUACCUUUCUCUUUCUUCCUUUUCGCUUAAAUUUCAUUUAGUUAAAUUUCGCGCGAUAUGCGAGAGGAAGAAACCGCGUGUGACGCUUCGUCGCGCCGCAGUGACCUUCCGAAAACCCUUCGAAGACUUCUCGAGAGCAGGACACCCGCGUGAAUUUCCUCUUUACCUUUCCACGAUUCGUUCUCAUCCUCUCUUAAGUUUUUUUCGUCACGAGCUACUGCCCACCGCAACUUCUGCGCGGCCUGCAAUGUGUACAACGACUUUCGGGCUAGCUCAAGCCAUACGCUCUUGACCCGUUCCACUCAACUCUCUCAAAAGCCUCCCCUACGAUCAUCUCGUUCUUUUUCUCCCUUUGUUUCUUUCUUCUCCUCUCUCUCUCUCUCUCUCUCUCUCUCUCUUUCUCUCUCUCUUUCUUCCUUUUUUUAUACUUCUACAUUUCACACCCUAAACGACCGACUUUCUAAAGUUUAUAUCGAGAUCGACGAACUUGUGACACUUCCCUCUCUCUCUCUCUCUCUCUCUCUCUCUCUCUCUCUCUCUCUCUCUCUCUCUCUCUCUCUCCCUCCCUCUCUCUCCCUCUCUCUCUAAUUAUCUUUAAUAGGAGAGCUUUUUAAAUCUCGGCCAAGCAGAAGAUAAACCUACUCGGACAUCACCUGAAUUUUUUAAGAACAAGAGACAACACGGUGAAGAUACUUUUUAGAGAAAGGGCGAAAACAACUUUCUUUCUUUCUUUACAAGUACUUUACCAUCGCUCUCAAGAGAAAUGACAUCAUCAAGGAGAGAAGAAAAGUUUCCGGAUUUCUGACGAGUCGUCAAUAGCCUAUAUACAAAAGAGAAAUUUUUAUUUACUUCUCUUCUCCCAUCUACCUUGUCUCUUAUAUCGCAAAAGUAUAAGCAAGAGUAGGCGAAUAAUAGGACCACCCGCGACAAUCGGAGUUCUCUCUCCUCCUCAUCCUCCUCCUCCUCCUCCUACUCUUCCUUAUUUUUCUUUAUGAUUUAAGACUCCUUUCAUCGCGACAAGCGGCCUGGUUUGAUUUACGAGCAAUCUAAUCGAUGAGAGCACCAAACGAUCCUGUUGCGCUUUACAUGCUAUAAGAAAACGGAGUCAGUGGAACUCCUGAAAAAGAUCGUUGUAACAUCAAUCACGCAAGUUAGAACGGAACGUGAGAUGAAUCGGGCUGCUAUCUCCCACGCUUCCUUUUUCUCUCGGCUUUUGGUAGAACGAUUUGAGAGUGGAACUAAAACCCCUAGAAAAAGAUAGUGCAAACUAUUGAGGAACUGUCCUAUCGAGGCUUGACCUUGUCCGUCUUAACAGAGUUCGUACGAAGGAAUGGCUGGAGCUAGCCAAAGUUGAUUUGAAAUAUCAAAGAAUCAGUGUUGUAGAGUUUACACCUGAUGGUGGUUUAGGGUAACCUGGCUUCCCUCGGCCCUUGCCUUCAAACGACCAGAAGGACAAAGAGAAUAAGGAGGAGAACGAGGUGUCUCGGCCGGGUCCGGCUACUUGAAGGUGGUAUGGCUACGAGUCCCGUAGAAAGGAGGAACGAGGUCGUUAGCUGUUACGCGAGAGACUAGGAAGGGUCGAGGGAAGUUGGCCGGGCAAAAACAAGCUUAUACACCGCCGUCUCUUCUCGGCGCGCGCUUCUCAUUCUCUUAGCUCCCUCGUAACUUCGGUUUAAGUCUUCACUUCGUGUAAUACAUAAAUAUACCAUGUGGUAUGAUGGUCGAUCAAAAAAACUCGAGUUACAUACUACACCCUCGAUUCCCUUCGUUGGUUUGACAAGCGUAAAGAAUGGAUGAAUCGGUAUUUCAGGCCGAUAAUUGAAAAACCGAAGGUCUCCUAGCCUCCUCUCUAGAAUUUCCAUGAGGAGUAUUAUAUGACCAAUAACGUAAAGCACGAACUUAUAGAAACGGUACUAACGAAGCUCGCUGACGAAUUCUCUUUGCAAAGAGUUUGUUUUUUUUUUUUUUUUUUUUUCGAAAAAGAUUCGAGAGAAGUGGAAGGACGAGAUAAAAAAUGAAAAAGUCCUGAUCGAACGUUUCGCGCUCGAAGGUAGUUUGAACCCCAUGCCAUAUGGUACGAGUCUUCAGCCCGAGGUCAUCAUCGAUUAAUUCGUUGGAAAAGGCAGAAACAAACGUUAUCGCCAAAACGAUUCGAUCAUCAUGGAGAUGGAAAUUCGUUGCCCGUCACUGCCGCGUAUGACAUCCUGUGGCCGAGGGAACGAGCUCUCCGAAAACGUGCUAUGUACGAUCGAUCGAGCGAUUUUCACGAUCAGAUAAUAUCGUUUGGCUGCUCCGUACAAAAGGGACAGAUUUUCACGUAUACAGAAAAUUCAGGGACGAUAGAUUUUCUCUCAGGGUAAUGUAGAAUUGACAUUUUAUUUUAUUGGGAUAUGGCAAACGGACUGCGUUUUGAAAUGGUCCUAUAUAUCAAGGAACUUAAUCGCUAUCACGAUCGUGGAAUACCAUAAUCGUUCCGGUAGCUCGUCACUUGGACAAAUAACGAAACGCCGGGAGAAAUGAUGAAAAGAGGAUAAAGACGGAAUAGUCGGCUUCUUAAAAAGUAGUCAUCAUCGAGGGUGGGAAGCGUAAUGCACCAAAUUUAGGUGGAGAGAUGACGGUGAUGCCGUCGACUUCCGAUGUCGCUGACAAGGCAGUCUCAACAAACGAUGGUAGCGGAGGCGUGGAGGUGGCACGUCUCGAAGCCGUCCUCGCUGCUCUGGUGGAAACAAAGGUGGAGGCGAUGAAGGCAUCAUCGACGCUCGGCAGACGUUCAGGCAGUGCACCAACCAGUCCGCGUCGUCCGAGAUUAACCUCGACCUCCACGGCCUCCUCGUCGCUGAAUCAUCAUCAUCAACAUCAUCACCAACAUAGAAGGAAGAGUCAUCAUCACCAUCAUCACCAUCAUCCCCACCACCAUCAUCAUCGCCGUAGACGACACGAUUCAGCUCCUUGCGAUUACAUCGAUGAUUCAAUGACUCAUCAUCAACACAAAUCACAUCAUGGUAAAGGAAGACGAAGAGCUUCGGAGAGUCCACGAAGUCCACGGAAGAAACGCAGGCAUUCGAAGAGUCCUCGUGUUCUUCAAAGUGCCGAUAUUCAAGCCGGUCUCGAAGCGCGUCUCGAACUCCUUGACAUGAACGGCGAACAAGAUCUGGCAUUGAUAAAUUUUGAAAGGACAAGAGAGGCUCUUAGCGACUCCUGCGAGUAUCCGCGGCUGCACCGAAGUGCCUGCUACUUUUCCCAAAGCACAGCUCAAUUGAAGAUUCACUACGACGAGGACGAGGACUACUUGGCUUUGAACAUAGCCGACGAGUUGGAAGAGGAAGAAACUCUGAGCGGUCCUGAAAAGAUCGAGGAGCCCAGAGAGACUUAUCACAGGCCACGAAAAAAGCGGAAGCGAAAGCGACGGCGAAUCGAGUCCGUUGGACCCGAGGAAGAAAUUGUUGAUCCGGAGGAACUACCACCUCGUGCGAGGUGGACGAUAGUUGCCACGGCUUGCCUACUUUUGGCUAUGUCCUUGCUUCUGGUCGGUGUCACCCUCAGAAUGGCACCGAUCAUCGACGACAUGGGAGAUGGAAGAAGAGCAAGCGUGUCGAAGAAGAACAGACCACGCAGAAGUGGGACAACGCGACGAAAGGACUCGGUUCGUCCUGCCAGAACAGAAGCCAAGGACGCAAGAAAAGUCCUGGAAAAUGAACAAGAUAACGAACAGACAAGGCGCCAUCGUAGAGUAGCCAUGAUCGUUCUGGGAACGUUCUUGUUUCUUUUGGCUGCCUCGGUUCUCGUAGUCGUCGUCACUUUGACUCAUAGUUCCUUUCACAGCCCUCCUACAGGCUCCAAGGAGUUAAUCAAACAUCGUGCACAACUUCGCAAAGAGAACGAAGAGUUGCUAAACUCCCUGAACAGGGACUUUGUGCCAGCUAACGCAACGGCAUCUCCCUAAGGGCUACGAUUUCCAAGACGAAGGAUGUAUCCUGUUAGCUUUCGAAGGUUUUCAACCAACAUCACGCUUCGUCGAGAAAUUCGACAAAGAUUUUUCAGUGAAGAUACGUUCAUAAUACGUAUGGUGGUAUAUUUUAAACGGCCGUAGGCCUUCCUCAUUUCGAGUAACGACCAAUGAACGUUUUCUCACAUCUUUCUUCUGAUCUCUCUACUUUUCAAUUUCUCUACUUUUGUCAUAGCUGCUUCAAAGAGAAAUCCCACGCAAAGUUUAAUUAUUGAGAUCGGUGGUAAUGCCAGGUAAUAUCGAUCGAUUCCAUAGAUAGUCAGCAAGUUUACUAAUUAGGUUUACUUAAUUAGUCCCGACAUCGAGAUAUUGUUUUCAAAGUACUGUUCGAGUUUUAGCAGUAAGUAACACGUUAUCGAUAGUUAAUAAUGCAAUCAGCGGGAAAGGAGGAAACUUUGAAUUGGUCGAUUUCGCGAAGUCGAAGAAGGAAUCAGCAACGGAGAUAUAUAUACAUACAUAUAUAUAUAUAUACAUAUGUGUGUGUGUGUGUGUGUAUAUAUUUCAAGUUGUCACUAAUAUUUAUCGACGAUGUUAAAUGUCGUUCCUGUGAGAACGCACAGGAAUCGAAUUGGCAGUAACUACUGCUUGUUGUGAUCUACAAAUUUUGGAUCGUUAUUGUUGUUGGUACAGCGAAUGUUGAUAGGGUCCUUGCACUUUCUAAAUUUUCUCGGCGAAUUCCACCUCGUGGAUUGUUUUAUAAACAUUGUUUCAGAAAGAAUUUGCAAAGACACGACUCGACAAUCGUUCGCAUACCGAAUGCCGACAACGAAAGAAUUAGUUAAACUCUAGUCACGAGGAUCGCUGUUGAGAGUCAUUCGGAAUAAAAAGGAUCGAGAGCAGAAAUAUUUCGAAUAAGAAUUUUUCAGAUAAAUUAAUCGACGUGAAAAAAAGAUUCGAAUCUCGAUCCUUCUAUACUUGGAUGCGUUCUUGGUUAGAUUUUAUCGAUCGAUCAAUAGCUUCACGUACGAUGUAUAGAGAGCCAUGUAAAUAAAAUGUUCAUUAUUGUCUGUCGUGAUCGUAAGAAUUAAAAAGAAUAAGAAGAAAAAAACUAGCGACGAGGAUAAAAAGCCAAAAUUAUUGUUGUCAAUUGUUUGUAUGAUAUAAAAUUAUUAUUGUCUUGUAGAGCAUAUACGAUCGCGUAUAUUGAGAUUUAGCCUGUAUAACUUUAGCAAUUAAGAAAGGAUCGCAAGCGAUCGAUUUACAGCUCCUUUUUUUAGUGAUCCGAUUCUUCGCCGGACCGACGGAUCGAUCGGUCUCGAACUCAAAAUUGAAUUGGUUUUUAUGACAACGGAUAUAUACCAAAGCAAAGACACUCGCAAUUAUUAAUCGACAUUGCUUCGUUACAAACUCAGGAAGAUCUUUAACGACAUGUUAAUCGAUCAUUCGUCUCUGAAAUAAAACAAAAAAAAAAAUAUCUCAUCAGAAGAAAAGAAAAACAUUCUUCACAAGUGGCAGGUAUUUUGUUAAAUCGUAACGUCUUGACAACUUACUCGAAUCUUUAUAAAAUUAAUCUUUGCCUCGUUUCCAACAUUAUUCGCAUCGAUUGAAAAGAAGGAGAGAGAGAGAUAGAGAGAGAGAGAGAAAUUGCAAAGUGCUCUCUAAAUCGGAAGAUUAACUUCUGAAUACCACUAUUUUACACUAUACUCGAUUGAACGAUGGAUGGAUGAAUGGGGACCGGAUCAGGCAUGUUAAUUAAUUGGCCAAGAUAAUUAGUAGUGCAAACUGCACACGUUCAAAGGAAGAUUAUGAUGAUCUACGAGCGACGUUCGUCAAGCGUGUAUAUUUUGCAUUUGUAUUUUAUUUUUUUGGCCAACUAUUAAUAAUAUACGGUUGGACGUUGUAACGUCUGAUUUAACGAAAGAAGAAAAAGAGAGAAAGUUACAUAUAUUUUCUUUUUUUUUUUUUUUGUUUUUCUUUUCAAUUAUCUUCAAGAAAUCCUAGAAAAUCUUCUACAAACCUUUCGUUUUCUCUCUUUCCUUUCUGACACUAUUCACGCUAUAUAAAAGAUAGCAAACAAUGUAUCCUUUAACUUCGUAACUAUAGUUAGUCUCAUAAAUCGAUUGGCCUAACGUGAAAAGAGAAUAACUUUUACCAAGGAAAAAAUAAGGAAAAGAAAUGAAGUAAACACGAGAUAUACACCGUACAAUCGUAACUUUAUACGAAUUCUAAAUUAAGAUCUUUAACUUUCAUUGGGUGUGUUCACCGUAGUGACGUAGACUGCCGUCACUCUCGAUUUUAACGUUCUCUGUUAAACGUUACAAACGUGUAAGGAAGGAAUCGAGGAGUGAAAGAAAAAAAAAAAAAAAAAAGGAAAAAAAGGGC